AGAAUAUUUGGCCAUAAUUUUGAGCGUACUCCUGUUUUCACAGGUUUCCUCAUCAUGCAAACCUUUAUAAAGAUACCGCUGGCUACUGUGUUAUGCGGGCUGCUCUUACUGCUCAUUACCUUGUGUUCUGCAAAUGACAACAACAGCAGCAAACCACGUGACAAGGUGAGUUUGUGUAAUCAAACAUUGUAAUAUAUAGCUUUAAUAUAUGAGAAGUGAAAGUCAGUCAAUGGUACCUGAACUAUUAACCUGAAAGAACUUAGUGAGGUAGAAUGAAUGAACGGUGAUUUUUUAUUUAAGGAUGCUUGACUAAGGUUAAUUGAUUGAUUUAAUCAAUUGAUCAUGAAUUUAUAACGGCAUGAAUUUUUAAAUUUUUCAUUUAGAGUAUUCCUCAACACACGUCACCUAAUGGUUCUUGUGGUCAUGGUGAGUGUUUCUGUGCACCAGGAAUUCCCGGCAUCCCAGGAAGCCCUGGACCCGCAGGACCUGGAGGUGUUGCGGGAUCACCUGGAAAUCAUGGACCUGAAGGACCCAUGGGCCCACGAGGAAAGAAAGGCGAUGAAGGAGACCGUGGAAGACCGGGAGCACCAGGCGUCAAAGGAGUUAAAGGACCUGCAGGCCCAGCAGGUCCACGUGGGGACAAAGGUGAAGCAGGUUCAGCUGGUUCCCCUGGAAAUAAGGGUGAUGAAGGUCCUCGUGGAAAGCAAGGUCCUUCUGGCCCCAAGGGACUUCAAGGACCCUCAGGUUCAGCUGGUUCCCAUGGAAACAAGGGUGAUUCAGGUGCUCGUGGAAGUCAAGGUCCUCCAGGUCCAAAGGGUGCUCCAGGAUCGUUUGGUCGUAAUUGGAAACAGUGCGUUUUUAAGAAUCUGGACGAUCAAAGGGACUCUGGAUUGAUAAAGGUAACAACUGAGUUGGUUGUGCUAGUUUUUAUAAAUCAAGCCAAAGCAAACUAAUAAGUCUGGCUUUGAAAUUUGCCUUAUUACGUGUAAAGCUCAUUGGUUAAGUUCUUUGAGAAAAAGAUGCGUGUUUCUAAACUUGUGCGAGCUAUACUAUUCAUGGAAUGAUGCAAAAUGCAGGAAAAAGGUCCAAAAACAAGAUCAGUUUCAGAUAUACGUACAUCUUUUGGUCUGAAUUUGAGUGAAAUACGUCAUGGCCGACUAUACUACUUAAUUGUUCCCAAGGUCCAAGCUAUCUAGUACAGUUAAGGGUAAAAUAAUUACAAAAGUAGAAUGUCCAGCUCUAGCCCAAUAAAGAGUGAGGGGAGUUCCAGCAAUCCUCUUUGCAAAAAUGAGUUUGCUUGUUGAUCCAUGUUUAAAUUGUUUCCAGGAAGAAAUUUCUUACUGAUACAGCGAGUGAUAUACACGGCUUUCAGAUCGGUUUUUCCUGAAUGUCAUGAACCAAUUAAACGCACAUGUUUAAUUUCGGUUCACCUAGUUCAGAUCUUUCUUCUUCUGUCGAUUUUAAAGGAAUGCAUUUUCAAGAAAACAUCAGAUACCACUGGAUUGCGUGUCUUCUGGAAUGGAAAUCUUCGUCUCUAUGGCUGCCAUCAUUGCUGCAGACGAUGGUAUUUCACUUUCAACGGUGCUGAGUGUUCAGCACCAGCAGCCAUUGACGGUAUAGUCUACAUGGUAUAUGGAACCAGCGGCAAAAAGAAUUUGCACCGUGUACGUCACAUUGAAGGAGUCUGUGAGAAAAUCCGCAAGGGUACUGUUCGCGUGGGAUUCUGGGUGGGCAAUUGUGCUGGUUACGGAUCUGCUGAUGCUCGGACAGGCUGGAACUCAGUGUCCCGGAUAUACGUGGAAGAAUUAUCUCCCCCACAGGCUUAA